AAAGUUCCUACUCCACAAUUUUCGUGAGACCCGUCCCGUCACUUUUUGCCAGAGCUCACCGGUGAUCGCUCGGCCGCAGUUCGCUUCCAGCGCUUGUCCAAGAAGGUUGUACGGUGAUUCGGUAUCCACUCUCCUCGAGGUAUAGUGAUUCGCGCUCCAUCUUCGUCGGUUCGCAAGAGAGUUUCAUUGUUUGGGGCUUACCGCGUCUGUAUCGCUUUCUGAAUCAUCGGUGGUGUGUGGGGGGAUAUAUUCAAUAGAGUGGGUCAUUCAAACGAAACGUUCGAGCUAUAAACCGUAUCCAUCCAAAACAUGUGCGCAGAGAUGGGAGGUUUGUGCAAUUUCAGAUAUACACAUAAGCAAUCGUGAUAAGAGGAAUCCAGUGUUCAGUAUUCAGUGACGUUUCGCUGGGUGGCUUGUAGGUAAAUACGCAAACACGGCGUUUGCUAGUUCCGUACAAAACAUACGCCGCCAAUAAAAAAAGUGAUUAACCACCCAAACUUCAAGUGUAAAUACCCGAACCCGAUAUCGCCGCCACCCAGUAAACCAACCAAGUGAAAUCGCAACCCUAGCAAAUCGAAGAAGUCAUCGACCAGGAAUUUUAUGAACGUAGCAAUCGGAGGAAUUCAGCUCAGCAUCACGAACCGCGCUCAGACAAGGACGCUGGGAUCUAAGUAGUCGAGUCGAGGCGCAAUUACCAGCAGUGGGAUAAAUCAUGUACACGUGUCAGCUGGGCUACCAUCAUCGGGAGCUGUUGUAGUUUAGUGCAAAGGCCCUGUUCCACUGGGAAUCUCCGUCCACCAAAGCACCAAAUGCGAGCAAAUAAUUCCGCUUGCAGCCUAUUAAUUUUAGAAAAUGACCGAAAACUCCACCCUAGUCAGUAAGAAGAAACCUAUCCAGAAUGGAACCGGUGCCAAUCACAGUUACGGUGCAACCGACGAGAUAGUCACAGACACAACCCCAAACACAACCAUUGGAGAAGAUCCACCCAACGGUGGACCCCCCGGCCCCACGCCCGAACAUCCCACGCAAAUGGAGAGACGCUCCACCCUGAGGAUAGUGGAGAAGAUCGGCUUCGGUCUGGGACACGUGUACAAUGAUCUCUGCGCAGGAGUUUGGUUCAGCUAUACGUUGCUGUUCAUGCAAGGUGCCCUCGGAAUGCCGGCGGCCGAAGCCGGGGCCUUGGUCAUGCUGGGCCAGGUCGGGGACGCCAUAGCCACCCCAAUAGUGGGCUUCCUCACCGACAAGUAUGGCACCAAGCGUCAGUGGCACAUUGCUGGGACGUUCAUCGUGUUCCUGACGUUUCCGAUGAUCUUCUCGCUCUGUCCGUGGUGCGAAGUGGCCCCGCACUGGUGGGAAAUCAUGUACUUCAUCAUUGUGAUACUGUUGUUCCAGUUCGGGUGGCCAAUCGUGCAGAUCACCCACCUGGCCAUGAUUCCCGAGCUGUCUCGGUCGCAGAAGGACCGGUCGGACCUAACGGCGGUCCGGUAUUCGGUGUCCAUCAUUUCCAAUGUGGUGGUUUACAUCGUCACCUGGGCGGUGCUUCGAAGUCGUACGACUGCAGACACCCAGAUAGGCCCCGGCGACGCCUAUCGAUUUCGUGAUAUCUCGUUAAUACUAACCCUGGUGGGGGUUUCCAUGUCCGUCCUGUUCAACUUUUCGCUCACAUUCAGCGGUUACGAGCAUAGGAGGCACACCGCCCUGCAGCAUAAUGUGAUCAAAGCAGAAGGAAAGAAGAAUUCCGAGCGGGACCCGGAAAAACAGUCCCUUCUGGACGGGACGGACGACGGCACGAGGGUGGAAGGCGUGGCCGGCACAUCAACGGCCAAUGGCACCGUACGUGGUGGUGGCGGCGACGAAGACGUAGUGCUGCGACGGCCGAAGAAGAACUUCUUCAAAUCUCCACUGCUGUAUCAGAAUGCGCUACUCUACGUCUUCUCGCGUCUCUUCAUGACGACCUCUCUAGUCUACAUGCCCCUCUGGCUGGACGAGCGGUCCUUCCAACCGGACCCGGUGCAGAACAAUGCCAGUGUGGAGCACCUGGCCACCGUUCCGUUGGUGUCCUUUCUGGCGUCGUUCAUCGCUUCGCUGGUGCUCAAGUACACCAACAAGUACGUCGGCAACAGUUUGAUUUACCUGGUCGGAUCGACCAUUAGCGUCGGGGUGUGCACAUGGAUCGCCCUCAGCACCAGUGCGGCUACCUUCAGCACGUUCGAGUUGCUGGUGAUCGCAUCGCUUUUUGGCGCGGGGAGUUCGAUCACCAUGAUCAGCAGCCUGUGCAUCACGGCGGAUAUGAUCGGCAAGCAUGCCGAUCAGGGUGGCUUCAUCUAUUCGGCGGUCACGUUCACCGAUAAGCUCAUCACCGGCAUCGUGGUCGUCAUCAUUGAGUCCAUGAAAUGUACGAACCGGAGCGACUGUCCAGACUACUACCGAAGCGUGUUGGCCUACGCCUGUGGUACGGCUGCCGGGCUGGGCUGCGUAACGCUGGCAACACUGGCUUGUACCACGCCGAGAAAUAGGCCACAACAGAGGCGGUAGUGUCCGUAGCGUUCGACAUCGUAUUAUUUAACUUAGAUAAACGUGUAUGAUUAAAAUGUAUGAUAUUUUAGCUAACGAAUAAA